GGACGACCGUCUGCAGGCCCAAAGUCAAGCUCAGACUUCAGUCGUGGUUUUCAGCUCGACGCAAGCGAACGGACGUGCAAGAAAAUCGGACGCGGCUUAAACCGCACGUAAAACGCAACGACGAAAUCGAAAGUGAUUAGCGCGCGACUUGAAUCGCCAAGAGUUGAGUGCUUCGAGAGGCGGGGGCAAUAUACCCAUCCGUAAACAUUACGUGUCACGAUGCCGCCGGCUGUCCAACAAUUCCGGCUUGCAGCCCUUGUUUAUCUGACAUUAAGUCUGGGACUCUUAUGCAAUGCCAGCGAUGGUGAAACUAGGCAAAAAUACGCCAAUGAAUCACUCGCAGACGCAGAUGCUCCAGUAUGGUCGCAAUUUCUCGAAGAUUACGUUUUGAGCCAAGGUAGCAGCAGCGGCAGCCAGCGAAAGUCCAAAGAUCUCCCUUAUAUGGGAGGGGAUAUGGGCAUUAAUGGUCCGCUCAACUAUCACUCAUCCGCCUACAAACGACCAGGCAAUAACAUAUACAUAACCAGGAGAAUCGGAGAAGCAGUGGAACUGGAGCCACAUCUUCGAAAGCCAGUGGAGAGUCAGAGCCCCAUUGUGAAUCCCCAAUUCCGACCAAUGACUAAUCAAAUGUUGCACCAACAACAUCAACAGAUGCAGCAGCAGCAGCAACAACAACAACUACAGCAGCAACAGUUGCAGCAACGCCAGCAACCUGGUUUCUUGCAGCAACUUUUUGGUAUAGGUGGAGGCAGUACCGGGGGUGGCAGUAAUCCUUCCCAACAACAUGUUCGCCCAGUGCCGCUGCAGCAGCAACAAUUGCAGCAGCAGCAGCAACACCCGCAACAGCAGCAGCAACAUCUUAUAAGCGGUGGUGGCCAACCAACCACUUUCCGAGCUGUAUCCGAGAACGAUCUCUAUCUUCUGGGAGCUAUUGAGAAGUUAGUUUACCGAGUUGAUUACCUGGAAAGUCGCGUUCGUCGUUCGGAGCAGCUUAUAUACUACCUAAUGGCUGGGAACAAUCAAAAGGAGGUGAAGGAUCCUUGUCCCACGAACUUCACCCGCAUCAGCGACAACUGCUACUAUAUCAACAGCCAGCAACAGGUGAACUGGAAGACAGCCAACUCAGCCUGUAAGGGAUUGAACUCGCACUUAGCCGAGUUUGAAAAGGUCUCGGAGAAUGAGGAGAUCAUGGCCUAUCUGCUGAACCAACCCGCCCAUAGGGGUCGCGAUUACUGGCUGGGUGGUCUUAACCCUGGACUUCUCUGGAUCUGGUCCAAUUCGGCCAAGCCAGUGAAUCCGAAUAUGAAUCUUACGUCCAUUGCGAUGGCACAAAAGGGUGAGAAUUCCACUGCUGCCAAUCUGGUUGACAGUUCGGAGCAAGCUGCAGAGGAGGCGGCCGGUGAGGAUGUGCUGAACAAUACGGUUCAGAUAGAGGGCAAGGGUCGCUGCCUACGGCUGAGUUACAAUGCCGGAAAGCACAGCUAUGUUUAUUACGGACAGGAGUGCACCUCACGGCACUACUACAUCUGUGAGCAUGAGGAUAAGACGCUGGACAACAAGAUUAAGAAGAUCACCCGCGAGCUAAAGCUCUUUGAGUGAGGAUGGGAUCCAAUCC